CAACGUUCCCCUUGAAUGACUUUCACCCUGUGACUUCCUUUCUCCAUCAUCAUCAAUUUCUCGACAUACAUAAUGUCUAUACCUUCAUAUCAUCUAGUUAAGAAAGUACUCGGUAUCCCUACAGAACUUUUGAUCCAAACAUUCGACGACCGAAUCUUUGUGGUCAUCACUCAGAAUGGUAAAGUGGGAUGUUUAACACAAGCUACUCUUCUUUCUUCUAUACCUCUUAUUCGACCUUCAAACUUGUUUCCAACUCCGACUCCAACUCGUACUUCCAAUGACAACCCAACCAUUCCACCCAACCCAACUCCAACUCCAACUUCUACUUCAAAUGCCGAUCCAAUUAUUCCGACUCCAACUUCAAGUUCAAAUGACAACCUGACCAAUCCGAGUCUGAUCUCGAAAGAAGAUCCAACCAAUCCGAGUUUGACUUCGGAAGUAGACCCAACCAAUCUGACCCAAUCACACUCAAAAGAAAUAUCUCUCCCUCCACCUAAUCCAUCCCUUCAACUCCUCCCUCUGCUCGGAUCACCAAAAGAUAAAACGAUAAACGAUACUUACGUUUCUCAAAUCGCUACUUUGAUCUGGUGGAAUUUAGAUACUUUAAAUAUGAAACGACGUGGGGUCGUUGUUGGUUUAAGUUUGAUCGAUUCGUCUUUAUCUUCAUCUCAAGUACCGGCGAAUGAAGUUUUGAGUGGGGAUGAAGAGGGAAAGUUAUAUGGGAAGAUAGAAGGGGAAGGGGAAGGGGAAGAGGAAGAGGAUGUGAAGGGAGAAAUGAAUUUGGAAAGAGAAAGGUUUAAAGGGAUAAUGAAUAUGAUCAUCUCUUGGUCUGGAUAAGAACCACUAUUUGUUUUCCAAUUGAUGGAUUCAUAUCAUCUCGUUGGACAUUUUCAAUAGGCCAAGUACAAGUAGUCAUACUCUACAGUACGAGUACUCAACACCUAGCAAGGUGGGGGAGUGAUGGACAUUGAAAUUGAAGGAAGAGGAAAAAGAGCAAAUCAUGAAUAUGCAUAAUACAUCAUACAUC